UACGCAAGAAGAAACAACUGAAUACAACAACUGAAAAAGCUAUGAAUCAACUUAAAGCAACUCAAAGAGAUAUUAUAACAAAAGAAAGACAAGCUAGAUUUGCUACAGGUUGCGGACCAGAAACACCAUCUUCAGAAUUAGAUCCAAAUGUUACUUUAAUAGCGCCUAAUUUAAUGGCCACAGCCUCUACAUUAUUUUCAUCAAAUAUGAAUGAUGAUGAAAUAGAAAAUCACAAACAAAUCGUACAAGAUAUAAAUGACAGUACAAUACAAUUUGAGUUUGAUCAAGUAACAAAUAAGGAAAAUAUACCUUUAUGUGAAACAAAAGCAUCAGAUUUCAAAGAAGUUAUAAUAGAAGAAAUAACAGUAGGAACAAGCAAGACCACGAAGAAACGCAAGUUCAUAGAAACAAAAGAUGAUUUAAAAAUUGAAAGAAUAAGGAACAUAAUAAAGAACAACAGUUGGCCAAAGUAAAACUCGAACAUGAAGAAACGAUGGCUGCUAUUAAAGAAACUCAUUUAAAGGAAAUAAAUAAAGCAGAAUUAAGGACGUUGCUGGCAAAAGCUGGAGAAGCUGAAAAAAAGGCUGAA